AUGGCUUCGGUAAUUUCCUCAUUCGUGAAUAUUGGCUUGGAUUGGAAAAGAACCACCUGCCUGACGCGAAACAAGACAGAAAACAAACUCCGCGUGAAUCUGGGAGUAAAUACGAGCAAAACUGUUCACGAUGAGUACAAAUGGUUUGGUGUUGAGAAUGAGACAGUUGAUUACAAGCUACGCAUCGGCGAUUUUUCACAUGAUAAUAGUACUGCUAAAGAAGAAGAUCAAACUAUUUUCUUGUCAUCUUUAAAAGCUAAGAACUGUGCUGAGCUUUACAACUCUGAUCAAAGAAUCAGCGGUGUUUAUACAAUCUAUCCUGAUGAUAAACUUCCCUUUGAUGUAUAUUGUGACCAGACAACAGCUGGUGGAGGAUGGACAGUGAUCCAAAAGAGACUGAAAGUUUCCGAUGAUUUUAACCGCACCUGGGAUGACUACAAACAUGGCUUCGGUAAUUUCCUCGUUGGUGAAUAUUGGCUUGGAUUAGAAAAGAUCCGCCGCUUGACCGAAAAUAAGACAGAAAACAGGCUUCGAGUAGUUCUUGGGGUAAAGGCUACGAAGCGACUAGUUCCUAAAAAAACUUUUUACGCUGAAUAUGCGUGGCUUAAAAUUGGAGACGAGGAAGCGAAGUACAAGCUGAAUCUUGGAAAUAUUAUAGACAUGACUGUUGGUAACGAUUCUCUCAGUCAUCAUAAUGGCUUCAAGUUUGGUACCUUUGAUAAACAUCACGCUGGUCCUAAAUGUGCGUCAAAAAGUGGAGGAGGCUGGUGGUACGAUGAGAAAUGUGCUGGGCCUUCAAAUCUCAACGCUGGAUCGGAAAAGAUCUCUUGGGCAAAGCUAGAUCGCAAACUUGCGGCUGGCAGUGCUCCCAAGACAACUGAAAUGAAGAUCAGACCUAUGAACUUUUCUUAAAAUUUACUUACUCAUCAGUUUGUUUAAAAAUGUGAUUGAAGGGCUGGUGAGUAUGGUACAAUACGCGUAGUAAAUUAAAGCAUUCAUAUAACCAUUUGAUGAUGUACAACCAAGCAUUAAAAUGCUUGUUUCAAAUGCUUGAUUGUUUGAAAUG